CAAAUUUGGUGUCGUGUACGAUUGAUGGCUCUCAAUCACUCCAACCACAGAUUCCUAUGAAUGGACCCAAAAGUGUGGACUACCGGCACCGGUUCCCCAGGUUGGAAUUUUGAACAGAGAUAAUAUAAUAUGUCUUGCUGUUAGUUAUGCCAAAGGGUGCACUCCCUUCUGGAAAAAUUAAUCUCUCCAAUUAUGUGUAUGGGUGCGGUAGACUCCGGUAUGUUGGAAUACAGGCUGAGGAUUUACUUUUGCUUUUAGCAAUAAGCACCACCCGAAUCGCUCGUAAUAAAUUGUACCCCCAUCAAGACGUGUUCUGGCUGCUGGGCAGAUCAGAACCUCGACCACACCACAAUCUUCCUAGAGCUAGGCGCGAAAAGCACCUGAACCGCCCCCCCUUCGCCCUCGAGAAGAUACGGUAUCCUAACACAAGCGAAUCACCUAUUCGCCGCAUACACCAACAAACAAGGCUCGAAAUAUUACCCUGUUUCCGGAUUAAACACCUUGCCAUACAGGGGAACAACUCGCACUGCAGCUCUUGAAACUUAUGCUGUGCUCGAGUAGUGUAGGUCUCGAUAGGGGAUUCCCGGCGGGUACAAGUCUCUGUGGUUCUUCUGCUACAGUACGAGUACUUGGAGCUCGGGGUGAUUCAUUCACUUGACUGGGUGGUGCCGCUGCUUCCGAGUGAUAAGUUGGAGAUGCCAGUGACAAACAAAUUUCCCAUCAACUGGUAUCAGUAGCCUCCAACCCGGUCACUACUUCUACCUCUGGUGUGGUACGAUAGUCUUCGGAUUUUGUGACACCCUCUCAACUCGAGUAUGGAACCCGUAUCCCGAUCUCAACAUGGAAGUCCACAGCCCCACCACCCCAAGAAAGAGAAAACAGAAAACAAAAAACAAAAAAUGCACCAACCAUAACGGUGGCGCGCGCGCUUAAUUCUCGCGAGUGCAGCCUGUCAUGGCUAGGCAGCAAUACAGUACAGUGCCGUACAAGUACCCAGAACCCAUAGAUCCAAUUAUGGUUUGCCACUCAGCUUCGACUGAAGGUUCAUGCAUCCAUCUCGUCAUCCUAACCUCUUCUGGUGGUGGUGAUCCAGGGCCUUUCGACUCCACCCCAAGGAAGCUGCAAAGACCUCUUACAAAUAUGAUAAGGUUCAUAUUUCCUUAUUCUUAGGGGCUGAGCUAGUAUAUAAAGGGCACUUGUUGUCCCCCACCUUGGUCAAACAGCAAGUCCCCGCUCGAAUACCUCACAACACCCCAAAUUACAAUCUCCAAACCCCAAUACCAACUCCAUCAUCUUAUCUUAAGCCAAGCUCCCCCCCACACAAACGACCAUGUCUGGGCCCUUCCAAUCAUACAUUUCUGGCAACUACAGUGGCAACAGCGGGAGCAACAACACUUUCGGGAGUAACAACUACAACAAUAGUCACAAUACCACCAUCGGAAACCACAACUCGAACUGUGGCAAUACAAAUAAUUCGAACAAUAGUACCUGGAAUGCCGGCGGGAAUUCCUAUGACCAGAGACAGGAUUAUUCAGGACAGGACCGCCGAAAACAAAUCAAAAACAGUGGCACCUGGGUGGAGGGCGGUCAACACAGAACAACCAACGUUGCGGGACACGGCGGCUUCACGAAUAAUGGCGAUGGCCCCAUGAACAACAACGCUGAAGGUGGUUACAUGAAUACUGGCGAUGGCCCCAUGAACGUCAACCCCGGCAGUGGUUUCAUGAAUACUGGAAGCGGUAACAUGAACAACAAUACUGGCCGCGGCAACAUGAAUACUGGCAGUGGCAAGCAAUACAACACUGGAACGAUCAAGGGUAAUCCCGUUUACAACUAACAUCGCUGCUGGGUGUUAAGGAUUCUUUUUCCUCAUUUGGGGGUGUGAAACUCUAUGGAUUUCUCGCCGCCACUGUUGCCGUUUUCUGGUGGUUUCUAGUAGCGCAGUAAAGUCGAAUUGUUCAUCUUCUCCUUCCUUCCUGUCAUCUUUUUCUCCUUUGGAAGGUUUUCUCUGGUGCGUUCUUGGGUCUAGUUCGGGGGGCUUGUUUUUUUUUUUUUUGGGGGGGGGGGAGAAUUUCAAUGAUUUCGUUA